UUGGCCAAGAAAGUGACUUUAUUUGUUAAAUAAACAUUAAGCAACUGAAUGCAUAUUUUACACCAAACUACUAUAAACAUGUAUUAUAGUGCACAGUUUGUGUGCACACUAUGAACAUGUAUGAGCAUUUCUUUACAAAUCUGAACAGUUUAAGUGUUUGAUAAUGAAGCUCUAACUCUAUCAGUGAUCAAUACUGACAGUCAAACUCAUGAAGCUCUGGGCCACACCCACCAAGGUGUGGCCCAGGUGCCUGUCAAUCCACAGGCCUCUGUCCUGCUGCAGACAGAGUCCAGUCUGCAGGUGCUCCCAUAAAUACCUGUCUGACCUCAUAGUUUCUCCAUGAUGUGACUUGAUUAGAGUUUUUAUUUCUUUAGUUUUGCUCAUUGUGUUUGUUUUCUUCUGAAGUCUUGUAAAGUAGCUGCUCGGUGUGGAUCCAACACGGAUCUCAGCCUCCAGGGAGGGCAGCCCUGCUCUCCACAGCGCCGCCCUCCCUCUCUUUCAGCCCGGCGUCUUCUCCUCCAAAUGGCGCUCACAGCAGCGUCCUGACAGCCGCCCCGCAGACGCACUUCUCCCGCUGCUGAAACACACCGCCCCGCCGCUUUUCCAGCUCGGUUUGUCGUUACUAGUUUUGCUCUUUUAACAACUACGGACCUCUGAGAGGGAAAUUGAUCGUUUUGGAGUUUUUUUUUUUUCUCCCCGGUGCAUGAAUGGAGUCGUCCCCGCAGGAUUCGGCGAGCGACCCGGGCAGGAGCAGCUCUGAGCCCGCUACACCGCUCACCGAGACCCCGGCGAGCCGGACGGGGACACAGCGGGGCGGAGAGCACCUGACGCCGGCCAGGAGACACAGCAGCUCCGGCUCCAGCUCCUCCAGCCACAGCAAAGGUUUGUCGGCUGCGGUGAAGAAGACACACACAUCUCAGAUUGAAAUCAUUCCCUGUAAGAUCUGCGGAGACAAAUCUUCAGGGAUCCACUACGGAGUGAUCACCUGCGAGGGCUGCAAGGGUUUCUUCAGACGGAGUCAGCAGAGUAACGCCGCCUACUCCUGUCCUCGCCAGAAGAACUGUCUGAUCGACCGCACCAGCCGAAACCGCUGCCAGCACUGCCGUCUGCAGAAAUGUCUGGCUGUGGGCAUGUCCCGAGACGCGGUGAAGUUCGGUCGCAUGUCCAAGAAGCAGCGGGACAGUUUGUACGCUGAGGUCCAGAAACACCGUCUCCAGCAGCAGCAGCAGCAGCAGCAGCAGCAGGGCCCCCUCCUCCUGUCCCACCCCAGCCUCGGCAGCCCGAGCCCCGCAGAGGCCGAGCCGCUGUCCCCCCACUACGGCCUGUCCUCCAGCGGCCUCACGGAGCUGCCUGAUGACCUGGGGGGCUACAUGGAGCAGAACUCCCCCGAAGGAGGAUCAGUGUCGUCUAAGGCGGACUCUGGAGGUGAAGGAGGUGAAGGAGGAGGAAGAAGAGGAGGAGGUGCGUUCUACCUGGACAUCCAGCCAUCUCCGGACCAAUCAGGACUGGAUAUUAACGGCAUCAAACCGGAGCCGCUGUGCGACUACGACUCCAGUAACGGCUUCUUCCCGUACUGCUCCUUCAGCAACGGGGACGCGUCGCCCCCCGUGUCCAUGGCCGAGCUCGACCACCUGGCUCAGAUCAUCUCCAAGUCUCACCUGGAGACGUGUCAGUACCUGAGGGAGGAGCUGCAGCAGAUGAGCUGGCAGAGCUUCCUGCAGGACGAGGUGGAGAGCUACCAGAGCAAGCCGCGGGAGGCGAUGUGGCAGCUCUGCGCCGUGAAGAUCACCGAGGCCAUCCAGUACGUGGUGGAGUUCGCCAAACGCAUCGACGGCUUCAUGGAUCUCUGCCAGAACGACCAGAUCGUGCUGCUGAAAGCCGGCUCUCUGGAGGUCGUCUUCGUGCGGAUGUGUCGGGUGUUUGACUCGCAGAACAACGCGGUGUACUUCGACGGGAAGUUCGCAGGUCCUGACGUCUUCAGAGCUCUGGGCUGUGAUGAUCUGAUCACGUCAGUGUUUGACUUUGCUAAGAGCCUGUGUUCACUGCACCUGACGGAGGACGAGCUCGCUCUCUUCUCUGCUUUUGUUCUGCUCUCAGCAGACCGGUCGUGGCUGCAGGAGAAGCUGCAGGUGGAGAAGCUGCAGCAGAAGACUCAGCUGGCUCUGCAACACGUCCUGCAGAAGAACCACAGAGAAGAUGGAGUGCUGAACAAGCUCAGAUGUAAGGUCGCAGUGUUGCGUUCACUGUGCAGUCGACACACAGAGAAACUGUCGGCGUUCAGAGCCGUCUACCCCGACAUCGUCCGGACGCACUUCCCUCCUCUUUACAAGGAGCUGUUUGGCGCCGACCUGGAACUGACGCUGCAGAGCGACGACUGAACGGCGGUCACUCGCUCCGCAGAGCCGACCGGCACCGAGCUGCUGGAUUCAGACGCACUGAGCCCGGUUUGAGCAGCCACACAGAGGACAGGACGAGGACGAGGACUCGUGGAGGCAGAGGCUGCUGCACUUUGCACUGAGAGACCUGAACUCCUCCUCAGUUUGUCUUUCUUCACCUCCUCCUCUCGCUGGGCCUGGAUGCAGCGAGGAGUCAGGUGGUCUCCCUCCACCUGCAUCAACACACAUCUUGUAUCAAGGAUCUCGGAUCUAGCUCUGACGUUAAAAGGUACUUUCAGUAUUCACACUGAAACCCGUUUGUUUUUCCUUCACUGGAUUGUCGAGACGUCGCCUCUUCUACCGACGAUCUCUUCACGUCCAAACAGUGGCACUGCAGAACUCAUUCACACGUCCUUGAGAAAAAAGCUUCAGCUGCUGAGCUUCUGUGGCUGAGUGAGCUCACCGGUCCUGGACGGAUUACUGAGCGGACCUACAGGACACAGACCCGAGGGCCCUUUGUCUCAUAAUCCAUCCAUAGAAAUGGUAACUAGCUGGUGCUGGUGCCGAAGUAGCAUAUCUUUACAAACUGCGGGAUGUCCACUAGAAUUUAAAAUAAAGUUCUGUGUGUUUGAAUGACGCUUGGCAGAAUAACAUGGGUUUGUAUUCAGACACUGUUUACAGUCACCGAGUUUUAGAGGUUAAAUUUCCAAAAAGUCACCAAAUGAAAGUUUGUAGAGAAAACUGUGUAAAGGGCUGUAACUCUGGUACAUCACCAUCCUUCCUGGGGGGGGGGGGCUGGAAGUUUCUCUGUGGAGGAGGUUGAGAUGAGCUCAGCUGGUCUCUGUUAAUUUCUCCUGAUGUCUGUCGAUGCAUCACUCAGGUUAAAGGUCACAGGCGUCAUGUUCACAUCUUGUCGGGAUGUUUUUACUUGAUCAUUAAUUGGCAGAAACCUAAACAGCUGCAAACAAUGCGGUUGAUAACUCAACAUUUUAUUAUUACAUUACUUCUUUUCUUGAGACUGUGUUAAUCUGUCAGAAACAGUCACCUGUGGAAACUCGAGAACAAAGUCAGAUGAACCUAAAACCUCAUGAACAAACAGGUAGAAAAUCAAUCUGCACAAACGGAACCAACACAAGCUCGAAAAACCUUCCAGACACGUAUUAAUAUGAUACAGUUUCAAAUUAAUGACUCUGACUGAGGCUGAGGCUCAUGGGUACUGUAGUCUUUAAAGUAAACAACAGUUGUAGAAGUUGUAACUGUAAAUUUACAGUGAAAACGAGGUCAGGAAGCCGGAGCUCUGUCCACAGGUGAGACUUGACCAGGCAGCAGAAAUUCAUCAGUUCUGGUUGGUUUUGUUGUGUGUCAUCCUCCAUGAUUUCGUUCAAACCCCCCCUCCCCAUCCUCCCAGCAGCCUCCUCUUCCUCUGAGUGUCUGAUGCCUCUGUGCUCAGUGACAGCAGCAUCACACAAGCAGCAGCUAGUUCAUUCACAGUCAGCAGUGAGCCUGCAGCGCCAUCUGGUGGCCAUGACUCAUGAGUGCAGGCGUUCAGUUCAGGGCCGCAGCACGACGAAUGAAUCCAGAAUCAAAUCCACUGAUCAGUUCUACAUUCCUUCAAAUCCCUUGUUGAAUCAGCAGCAGAUAAAAAAUGAUCCACUUCCUCGCUUCCUUCCUCUGCGGAUAAAAACUCCUCACUGUAGUUUUAAAUCAAACAUUCAGGAGGAAGUAGUUUAUUUUUUUGGGACUAUUUUCAGCCUCUGAAAUGAGACAAAUCCAAGAAAGAACUGCUCAUCAUUACAUGUUUAUAUUUUACUGAAAGAACAACAUUACUUCAGCGUUCACCCAAAUUAAAGCAAUAAUAAGAGCAAUACACACACUGCGUCAUGACGAAGAAGCUAUGCAGAGUGAAGUGAUGAGAAUAUUAAUACCUGUUGCACUAAUACCUGUCUAUCUAAUCUACUGCCUGUGUGUGUGUGUGUGUGAUGUGUGUUGUAAAGUUUCAACCAUUUUCAUUGUUUGGACGACAGACUGCUGGGAGGAAAUGCUUUUACCCAUCAUCCACUGCUUCACUUUUCCACAGAACUGCAGGAAUUUACUGGACAGAGAAAAAGUCCAGGAGGUUUUUCAUGUUCAGCACAUUAAAUAUUCAUUACUUACCAAACCACUGACGGAAUAAUUCAGUCUGAAUGAACAACAAAUGUAGAGGAGUUUGUCUUUGGCGGAAACUAAAAAUAGCAUUUCCUGUUUCCUGUUCAUACUACUACUACUAAAGGUAGAGAGCGAUUCUAAUUCAGAGAAUAUUGCUGUGCGCUAAAACAAAAAGUCCAGUUGCUACACAGCCCUGUACGGAAGCCCUGAAAACAUGUUGUUGUUUUUUUUCCAUCAGUGUAAAAAGCCACCGAGAGGCAAAUUAUUUUUUUCCUGGGGAAAAGAGCGGCUGUUUUGAAGAGAUUACUUUUUUUUCCCACGAUAAAACAAGAUGCUUUUGUAAUACUGAUCUCAGCCACAAGUUUGUUUCUUUUUUCAUUUGAGAAAACAAUCCUUUCAGAGGCAGAAGAAGUGUUUUCCUUCCCAGAAAAAAAUAUCCUUUCCUUUCAGGGGUUGUUUAGACAGAUAACAAAAAAAAACCAAUCACUUGCCUCUCGGGGCUUCCGUAUGCGAAACAAAAAAAAAGCGUCUGGGACUGAGAUGCAAAAUACUAUUCCUGCAAAUUAGCAACAGGAGGCACUGGUAUAAUACUGUACAUCAAUAAGUCACAUUCUUAUGAGGAACAUAUUAGCAAACAGCUAACGUACCACAUCCUGCAGAAACAGGAUGGACGUCUGUGUCCUCGUGUCAUUAUCUUCGAUUUUCCAACAUCGUUUGUUAGUAACAUCCAAUCAUCGCGUGUUAGCUCUUCAGGUGGGGGUGGUUUUCUAUACCAAGGUGAGAAUGACUCAACUAUGCAGACAGACGAACCAACCAAUCAGGUAUUCUAGGGCUGAUACUGAUCAACAGAUGCUUCCUGUUCAUCAAUAAUGUUUACAGGGCUCUAUAAAGCUGGAGGACGCACAAGCGUGAGAUUUUUAAAUUGGUCAAAAUCCUGACUUUGUUCCCCGCGGGUCACAGUGUGAAAACACUGGAUCCUACAUUUCACACAAUGCAACUCGAUAGCAUCUGUUUUUACCAGAGCCUGCUGUUACAUAUACGACCCUGGUCUUCAACCCAGGCGUUAUCAGUCAUGUAAAUGUGACUCUGCAGAGGGCUUUUAAUUUGAAACAUCAGGUCGAGCCUUAACAUCUGUUUUCUCACUCUGAGACGGACCAACCACGAUGUACUUGACUCUGUCGCUCUUUAACAACCGCAGUACGUUUCCCGUGUUAUUUUUCAACUUCAAGACAGAAAGAUAUUCCUCUACAGUAGCAGUUGUUCAUUUUAAUGACUCAGUACAUUUGUCAUAUUUCAUUAAACAAAAUCAGCAGGUACAUUCAAAAACAUCAGGAUAAUAUUUAAACGAUAUACCAGUUUUGAAUAACACGUCCUCCCACCUGCUCCAUCCCACCACAUUGGUUCUCGAGGUCCAAAGUCCAAAAAAAAAAAAAUUUCUGGCAAAUAAUGAACUGAACUUUAGCCAUAACUGAAUGUCAAGCAAUAAUGUAAAUGUUGUAUUUUAUCUUUCUGUGUAUAGUUUGAAAAUAUAGCAUGUCAACACAGUUUCUAAUUUAUAAAAUUAAUUUUGGGGUCUUCUUCUGAAUCCUGUGUUACUGGCUUAUUUACUUCAUCCGUCACAUGACCACGUGCACUGACGACAAACUUUCCUCCCUCCACGCCACCUCGUUGGUUUGGCUGUCGUUAUGUAAGUAACUUUAUUAAAACGUCUGUACAGGCCACAGGUACAUACUGCUAUAAAUGGCUACUGAGCGUCACACUUUCUAUCUGUUGAUUGAUCUGCAUCAUGAUGUAUAAUAUCUGGUUUGAUAUGCACUGCUCUCUGUUAGAUUUAGUUUAGUUGCAGGGAGCAGCAAUUUUGUGUUUCUAAUAUGCGUGUGGUGCUAGUUUAACUUUAACGGUGGCAGGGUCUGGAUUUUAACAACUAUGCCACAUUGUGUGUUUCCUCGUGGGGCGACACGUUAAAGGAAAAUUCAGUCUUUUAACAUCUUGCAUUUGCAUCACAGUGGUUCCAUAGUGUAGUGGUCAUCACGUCUGCUUUACACGCAGAAGGUCCUGGGUUCAAUCCCCAGUGAAACCAUCCUGUCUUAUGGUCACAUGACCGAAGGCAACUAUGGUAACAAGAGAAGGUCAAAAUUCAUAGUGUCCAUUUCAAAAUCUGCGCCUGUCAUGUUACACAGGAAAUGAACAUUUGCUUUUUCUUCACAGCACCGUUCUAAUCUGAGCGAGUGAUUUGAUCAGACCUUUGUGUAUGAUUGAGGUACACAGCUUCUCUUCCCCGGCUGCUGUCCUGAGUCGUUAGAAAAACUGAAUUUUCCUUUAAAUGAUCAAAUGUAAUUAUGAUUAUGAAAUAUCAUAGUCGGAGGAUGUUAUUGCUCAGCCUGCACCUGUAUCAGUGCGUCAGGCUCGGGCCUGUUUCUUUGUUUGAACUGGUCAAACAUGACUUCCUUUGUUUUGAUACGAAGCAGAGCUGCUGUAUCUGAAAUGUGCUGAAAAUAAAACAGAGAGAGAAACGCAAA